AUCGCAUCUUCUGGGCUGACCUAGCACGAAUUGAUGACGUUUGAUAGUAGCUGCAGUCAAUGAGGAUGUAUAUAACAUCGAGACGUGUGUUGCCAGAAAUCAGAGAGGUCCCCGUUGCUUUUGAUACGGCAUCAACAAUCACUCAAUCAAUCCACCACCCGAUUGUUCCUGCCCUCGGUCAUUGGAAAGAUUCGCACAACGGCACACGAGCGAUCACGACGAUAAUCCCGGAAUCGUAAAACGUGUCACACGAUCCACUCUCGACAGCGAGGAAAAAAGAAGAAAAGACAGCACGCCGGCCAACUCAUAACAAUUGGACAUCGAAGUAUCUAGAAGCAAGGUCACCACCAUAUCUGGUCUCUCUUUCUGAAUAAUCCGCCUUCGACUACGAUUUGCACAAGUCGAACAUCGCAUUAUCACUCGCGUCCACGCUCUAAGCGCAUCAGAUCGCCACCCCAAAUCAAGAAGACAUCACUCCGUCUCUCACUACCUCGAACAAUGUCUGUCACCCCGCCUCCCUCCUACCCUCAGCUGCACCCCGACCUGGGUCAGACUGCAGGCCGCGACAGGAAGACUGCUCUCGAGACUACCCCUCAGGACCUGAGCACCGCGCUCGAUGAAGCUCAGGCAGAGGCCAUCGGCUUGCCCAAGAAAAAGAUCCACCAGGUCGAACAGCCUCAGAUGGUCAACGUCUUCAACUACACGGGAGCCGUGUUUGGUGAGGACGAGGAGUAUGAACAUACCGAAUUUCUUCCUUCGUUCCCCGAGAUCACCUUCCCCCCUCUGGAAGAACAACCUUUUACCGAUCGAGCCUUCUUUGCCAACCCGCAAAAGACCCGACUGUACCGAGAGGUCGAGGCUCAGGGAGGCAAGGUUCAGUUCAUGAAUCCCAACAUCGGCGCCGAGUUUACGGGAGUCAGCUUGACCAAGCUGAGUGAUGAGGCUCGGGAUGAUCUGGCCUUGCUGCUCGCCGAGCGUGGCGUGGUCGUCUUCAGGAAGCAGGACGACAUGACAAUCGAAUCCCAGACCGAUCUUGGGAAGCACUGGGGCCCUCUUCAUAUCCACUCGACCACCGGUGUUCCCCGCCGAGCUGGUCUCGAGCACGUUCACGUCGUCUACGCUGACAAGGGCGCGCUCCCGGACAGGACGGCGUUCGCCCCCAUCGAGCUGUACCACUCGGACGUGACGUUCGAGAUCCAGCCUCCUGGUCCCACCAUCCUCCGACUGAUCACUGCUCCUGAUUGUGGUGGUGAUACCUUGUUCACCUCCGGAGCCGCCGUCUACGCAUCCUUGUCGCCGUUCUACCAACAGUACCUCGACAACCUGUACGCGGUACACUCUGGCAAGGAGCAAAGCAAGGGAGCUCAGAGCGCCGGUCAACACAUCAGGAGGCCGGCCAUCGAGAAUGCCCAUCCGGUCGUCCGAGUCAACCCCGUCACCGGUGUCAAGAGCAUCUUCGUGAACCCUGGUUUCACUCGACGUAUUCUCGGAGUCUCCAAGGCCGAGAGCGACAAUACUCUCAGCUUUUUGUACUCGCAAUUCGCUCAAACGCCGGAAUACACUGCCCGCGUCAAGUGGGAAGUCAACGACGUUGCCAUCUGGCACAACGGUCUCGUGAACCACAGCGCCAGCUUUGAUUUCUGGCCUCAACGACGACACGCUCUUCGUGUCACGCCUCACGCCGAGAGGCCCAUGUCCGUGGCAGAGUACGAGACCAAGUACGACAAAAAGGCGAUCGACAGCGACACCGUCAAGUACAGGGCUCUCGGGAUGGAGAAGCCCAAGUACAACGUUACCCUGAACAGGAAGGAGCGUGGCUUCAAGGACUAAUUGGAUCGCGCGUUACCUCGCCAGGACUCCACUUUCUCCCAUCCUCCUAUCCCUUCCCUUUAACGAACCCCUUGACGAUACGUACGGUCGAUUGCCCGUCCUCUUAAUGCUCUUGUUCCGAACCCUUGUACUCGACUUGUUUGUAGCACCCAGGUCUUGCCCUUUUGCAAUAUGGCCGUCAAGAGCGCCAACCAUAUAUCCAUCCAAUGACCAUCAAUAUCGUAUGCAUGAUCUUGCUGAGUUGCAGA